AUGAGCCCCGAGCGGUUUGCGCUCAACGCCCAGGCCGGCCCGCGUGGGGCAUGCGCCGCCGACGUCUGGAGCCUGGGCGUCACCGUCCUGGAGCUCUACUUGGGGCACCGCCCUGUCCUGCCCGCCGAACGGACGCCGUCCUGGAAGAUGCUCAAGGAGGCCAUCUGCUACGGCGAUCCUCCUUCGGUGCCGGAGAGCGCGGUGGCGUCGGCGGAGCUGCGCGGGUUCGUGGAGGCGUGCGUGCAGAAGGAUCCCCGGAGGCGCGCCACGGUGCCGCAGCUGCUCGCGCACCCGUUCGUGGCCCGCCGGGACGUGGAGGCGUCGCGCCGCGCGCUACGAGAGCUUAUCGUGGAGACCAUGUAG